AUGACUGCCGUCCAUCUAUCGGCUAGCACCAAGAGGCCCCAAGGCAACGAGAACACUCGAAAUGACGAGAUGGUUGUUGGCUUUGGAGUUCUAAGUAACAUCACAUAAUACUGCUUGUCUUUUGGGCUCUAGGAAAAGGAGUCUUACCCCAAGAGCAUAUAGAUACCAAAACAAACAAAACGGGAUAGUAAUACGGUAGGUGGGCUAAUUUAUGAAAUAUCAACCGAAAUUCCGAAAAGCGUUUUCGUUUCGAAAAGAGUAAUUAAGUAGGGUUUUAAAACUUUUCAGCCUGCAACAUAAUUCUAGAAUAUUUCAGUUACCUCAGGAUACCGGCUUUCGAACGAACUUCCUUCCGGCUGCAUGCAAAAAAUUACACUCUGUAAAAAAUGAACACUUCAGUAGCAUGAAUAUUUCUCGUUGAUUUUCGAUGCCCCUGAAAGUUUAAUAAUAUUUCAUGGAAAACAUACAUAAAAAUAUUCAUUCUUUUGCUCAUUCGGGAGAUAAUAACUUCUUCUUCCUCUUCUUCUUCUUCUUCUUCUUCUUCUUCUUCUGUACUCGAUGGAGGGACAUAGUUCGUUUUUAAAGUAUGUUCUAAUUGUAGGACUUUUAAAUACCCUGAAAUGGCCGUUCAUAAAUCGUCAUGUCUUUGCAUUUACCAACGUGGCUUGUAAAGUUAACAAUAUGAAUCAAAUUCACUGCUUAAUUUUGUGAACCCUAUAUGAUCGUCCUUUAGUACCGUAGAGAAAUGUGUGGUUUUCCGAACGUGGAAAUUAUACGGCUUGUAGUUUUGGAAUCCUGGAUCCAAGGGUGACGGUAGAGCGGGUUCAAAAUUAUUCGGGAAUUGAAAAAGUUUCUGAAAACCGAAUUAUGUCCUUCUUUCGAGUAUAAAAUUAGGAGAAGACGUAACGAUCUACCGAAUGAGCGAAAGAUUGAAUAUUUUUAUGAAUGUCUUCCAGGAAAUAUAAUUGGGCUUUUAUGCGUAUCGAAAAUCAAUCAGAAAAAUUCAUGCUAAUUAAGCAGUAAUUUUCUACAGUGUAGCUUUUGCAUGCAGCCGGAAGGAAGUUCAUUCAAAAGCCGGCAUCCGGGGGUAACUUAAAUAUUAUGGAAUUAUUCUACGGGCUGACAAGUUUUACAACCCUACUUAAUUAAUCUUCUCGAAACGAAAACGUAUGUCGGAAUUUCGGUUGACAUUUCAUGAGUUGGCCUACCUACUGUAGGUUUUUUAACAGAUUUGGAGUAACUUAUUUUGACCCGACUAAGAAAAACUCGACGGGAUUCGAACCCACGUCAGCAAGUGGAAGGCUUGAGUACAGCCAACAGUCUAGCCACCUGAGCUACGAGGCCUAAUCGGGAGUCGUGAGUUUAAUCACAUUCAGUCCAGUUACCCAUCCAGCCUACUGCAAUGUAUGAAAUCCAUCAAAUCUGGCACAGUAAGAGGACUGUUUAAAGAAAAUUUCAUAAGUAAUCCUCUUAGAAUCCACCAGAUGAGUACCAAACAAAAAUACCUAUUAAUAACCUGAGCCUGGUAGUCAUCUUGUGGAUUCUAAGACGAUUACUUAUGAAAAUCUGCUUAUACAGUCCACUUACUGUAUCAGAUUUGGCGGAUUCCAAACGUUGCUGUAGGCUGGGCGGGUAAGUUGAGCCACAUGUGAUUAAACUCACGAGUCCCAAUCAGGCCUAGUUGGCUGUACUAAAGUCUUCCCCUUGCUGUUGUGGACUCAAACCCCACCGGCAUCGCUGAGUUUUUUCACAGUUGGGGCAAAAUAAAACGGAAUAGGUGACUUUGUCGUCGUUCAGCAGUCCUUUAAAGUGGCACGGUACUUGAGAAUGCAGGGUUACUACCGACUAGGAAAGUAUCGUCGCGUCUUCCUGGGUCCACGGUUUGGACUGCCGGAGGCUUAAAUGUCCGACUAUUACACCUACCUCUUGUUUCUCCUGCCCACACCAACGUCCUCACCAGUGGCUAUUUUUGAAAUGUGAUCAACACCUAUUCCGACAUAAAAGACAGCCAACAAGGUCCCGACCUUCAGCUUUGCCCACAAGGUUGUUUAUCCCCCGGCAAGUACACACAGGGAUGGGUAAUUGUGUCUAUUUUUAACCAAGUGCGGGCGGCUGAGGGAAUAACGAAACCGCUGAUUUAUUUGCCCGUCCUCUCGGCCACCCACAUGGAUCCAUUGUUCGAGCUAAGAAAACAGCAACCAGAGGCGUGAUAUUUGCUAGGUGAUAUAGCCAAUCCGCGACCAGAAUUGCUAGUCCUCAGGUGCUUGCGUGAGGCAUUGCGCACAGGCAGCAGAUCGAUACUGGAUCAGUUAUUAUCUGAGUUCCGGUCUUCACUUUGCUUUGCACUUUGUUCGAACAGUUAACGCGACGACGUUGAAGUCCGAGGGAUGGUCUGUCUGGGGAGUGAGUGUAGCGACUAAGAAUGGGCGGUACUUUGAACGUGCGUUGAGCAGUGAUAGGACCACGUUAGUUGGUCGUUUCGCGACAAAUUCACUGGUUCUUCCUGCCCCGACAGCCAGCUCUCAUCUCAGUCUUCACGAGGGCGUGCACCACGCGGUAGCCCAGGCUAAUUCGGGUCUUCCUUCAAUUGUGCCAAAGCAGUGAACCAGAGUGGAGUGGAGUGAGCAGUCAUUCAGACAGCCCGAAAUGUUCGCUUUCUUGUAGACAGUCCAAUGGCAAACCAGCCGAAAAGGAGGACAGUUCUGGUCACCCACGAACUGGCUCGCUAAGAUGUGGACACCGCGGCUCUCAGCGAAACCCGGUUGUAAGAACAGGGACAGUCGAAUUAAGUGGGUGCUUAAUGCAGCUUAUUCUGGAACGUACGUCGAAAGGUAUACUGGUUACACGCUGAAGUCACCUUUCGGAGUCACCCUAUCGAAAGACGACUGCCUUGCCUCCCGCAGGGAAUCAGCGGUCGUUUCAUGACCAGUAGGCAAUCAUUCUGCGUGGCAGAGAUCACGAUGCUUGGGAGGGAGUGCAGUUGCAACAGCCAGGACCUCCUUCUGUUGAUGACCGCGAAGAGACAAACCUUUCUCGUUAUCGACGCCAUCUUCCGGUUUUCUAGUCUCGAAAUACCAACAUGGACGCGCUCUCGAUCGCGAAAAUGCCAGUCGUUGAACCAUGUCCUCGUGAGCAAGAUUAUGUUCGGAGGUAAAUGCUGUGCAGAGCACCUCCUUUUCGUCUGGAAAAUGUGGCCGGAACUUCAUUCUUCCAGAUAGCUGCUUCAGGGCGACAGUUCAACUGCCGUUGCAGACGGUGUGCACCGUGUGGCCGACAGCAGUUUUGACGCAGGGACAGAGGGUAGUAGGGUGCCGAACAAGUUGAAUACUGUGCCACUGGAUAGAGGCUACCGUCGAUCGGAUUUCGGCAGCGGUACGAGCGUCAGUUCGAGACGAAUCCGAGGAGGAGGAGGAGGAGGAGGAGGAGGAGGAGGAGGAGGAGAAGGAGCCAACAAGGUCCUGA